CGAAGCACAGUAAUGACGGAAACAUCAGAUUUGUGUUGUGUUUAUAAUCUGAAUGGAAUUAUUUAGAUCAGUGGCUAUGAAUAUAGUAGUGUUGAAUCUCUUAAGCAAGAUAGGUGUGUUGCAGAGUGUGGACAAGCGCUGAGAAGUAGAGAAUAAUUUUCACAAAUGUCUAGUUACAUUAAAAGGGAACCAUCUCGGAGAUCCGAUGAUACCAUGGACGACGACGGUGAUGACAAGGAUGAUACCAAACGGAAAUCUCGAAAUUUGAGUGAGAAGAAACGUCGAGACCAGUUCAACAUGCUCAUCAAUGAAUUAAGUUCGAUGGUUUCUACAAACAAUCGUAAAAUGGAUAAAUCAACUGUUCUGAAGUCUACUAUAUCAUUUUUGAAAAAUCAUAAUGAACUAGCUGUUCGCUCAAGAGCACAUGAGAUUCAGGAAGACUGGAAACCGUCUUUCCUGUCAAAUGAAGAGUUUACACACCUUAUUUUAGAGGCAUUAGAUGGUUUCAUCAUGGUGUUCUCCUCAUCUGGAAGGAUCUUUUAUGCUUCUGAGAGCAUUACUUCUCUCCUUGGCCAUUUACCAAGUGACUUAAUGAAUAUGACGAUCUAUGACAUGGUGUAUGAGGAGGACCAGUCAGCUCUCUACAACAUACUAUUGAAUCCAGCUAGCAGUGUUGACUCAAUGAACUAUGGUGACACAAAAGAAAAUCAAGUAUCCUUUUCAUGUCACAUGCGUCGAGGUGGUCUGGAUUUCCGAGAUGAGGAUACAUAUGAGCUUGUUCAAUUUGUGGGCUAUUUUCGGUCAGAUAUUGAUCCAUUGGAGGUUGACCACCUUAUUUCCAGCAGUAAUCGGCUGGUCAAUUUCUCUGGAGAAGUAGGCAUGAAAUUAGUUUUUGUUGGUGUUGGACGCUUGCAGACUCCACUGUUAAUCCGUGAAAUGUCAGUUGUGGACUCUACUAAAAGUGAAUUCACUUCAAGACAUAGCCUAGAAUGGAAAUUCUUGUUCCUUGAUCACAGAGCACCUCCCAUUAUUGGCUAUUUACCAUUUGAAGUACUGGGUACAUCAGGUUAUGAUUAUUACCAUGUGGAUGAUCUUGAGAAAGUUGUCACGUGCCAUGAAGCUUUGAUGCAGAAGGGAGAAGGUACUUCUUGCCAUUAUCGUUUUCUGACCAAAGGGCAGCAGUGGAUAUGGUUACAAACUAGGUUCUACAUAACUUACCAUCAAUGGAACUCGAAGCCAGAGUUCAUUGUAUGCACACACAGAGUUGUCAGUUACAUGGAUGUAAUGAAGCAAAUGAGAAAGGACCCUGAAGAAGGUGAACGAAGCCAAGACAGUGAGAUGGGUGCAUGGGAAUCUUCUGAUAAACAAGUGGGUACUACAUCGCAAGGUAGCAUCUCUUCUAGUGCCUGGACUUCUCGAUCUUCAGCAGGAAAAGUGUCUAGAGCAGAGACAAAAUCGCCAGUGACACAGAAGCAGCAUCAGUCUGGAUGUACUACGAACACAGUUCCUUCUGCAGCUACUACUCCAGGUUCUGCUACACCUAGUCCUGGAUCUGCAUGUGAUUCUGCUGUGGGUGUUGCAGCAACCAGCUCCUCUGCACAGGCAACAUCAUCAAGGAAUUCACAACUUAGCACGCGACGGUCGAAGUCAGUCAGCAACAAAUUACAGAUGCCUGUAACUCCACCAGCUCAACAGCAGCGGCAACAACAGCAGCAACAGCAACAGCAGCAGCAGCAGCAGCAACAACAACAACAGCAGCAGCAGCAGCAGCAGCAGCAACAGCAACAACAACAAGAACAGUCAUCAUCUAAUGCGAUACCAACCUCAACGUCCCAAGUUUCACUACCAGUGGCAGCUCCAUUCUUAGAAGCCCAGCAGCAGUAUGUUACAGCCAUACCUGUCCAGCCAGUAUUGGCUACAGGUUUCCCAGCUGUUGUUACUACAUUGCCUGCAACUGAGCUGGUGCGGCAGCCAAUUGCAAUGACAACAGCACAGAACACCAUUCAGGAGCAGUUGCAGCGCAAGCAUGAAGAGCUUCAGCAGUUGAUAGUACAACAACAAGAGGAACUUCGUCGUGUCUCAGAGCAGUUGUUUAUGGCACGCUAUGGUCUUCUUUCGCCUAUGUCACUUAAUAUCAGCAGCACUGCUGCCAGUCACCUUGUUACACUGCCAUACAAUGCAGCUGUUAGUAGCACAACUUCUGUGGGACGAGAGGGUGAAUCAUCCACUCCUGUCUCAUCAGAGCUUUACCAUGCACCGAUCACUGUGGCUACUGUCACAGCCCGCACCCAUACACCAACGGCUUCCAUCAUGAUAGAUCCUCAGCAGGCGAAUUUGCAAGCUCAUGGAGCAGAGGAACCAAUACCUUUUCAGCUUUCUCAGCAACAAGCACAGUUGCUCUUUUCAUCUCCUAAUUCUGGACAACAACAACAGUGACCAAAUGGUGAAUUUCUCUUAACAUAAACAACACUAGUAAUUUCCAGACAUCAGAUACAGGUUAUUAAUAUCAAGAAAUGUUAUUUGUAGGAUACAGCUACUGUAAAAUUCAUGUUAUGUUUUGUAUUUGUAUUGUAUAUUGAAGAUAAUGUACAGGGUCUUAAAGUUGUUUGUAUAUAAUAUUGUAUAGAAUUUAAAAAUGAGAAAUAUUUUUGUGAUAGUAAUACAUCAAUGCUGUGAACAGAUGCAUUCCUUUAUUAUACAAAAUGAGAUGUGUAAGUAUUGGUAUUAGAUGUUGUACAGUAAAUGUUGGAAGUUACGAAUUCAUUUCGACAAAUAUAUAAAUUCCUGAUAUUGCCUGUUAUACUUGUUUUACCCUAAAGUUUCUCAUUUGUAAGUUGCCAGUUAUCUUUCAUGUCUGCCAGUAAUUUUUCUUGAUGGAGGGUUGUAAAUUUUUUUUGCUAGUAGUUUUUCUUGCCAGAUUUGCACUGUUACAUAUUUAUUUAUCUAACAGUAGUCAAACAAUUAACAGUAAAGUUAAGUUUUACUUCUUCAACUCCAGUCAUUUUCUUUGUAUUCCCUUUGAAAAAUGGGAAAAGAGUUUAGGAAUAUUAUGGGGAGCACAGCAGAAGACAAAGACAGUUGGCUGUCAGCAAAUUUAGUGAAAUUAGACAGGAGAGGAAUUAUGUGAGAAAUGAAAAGACAGGAAAUAUUUGGAUAAGGCUAACGGAGGAAGUAGGGUAUGCCGAAGAGGCAAUUUCUACCUUUUAGGCCGGAGAAGCUGAUGCUGAAGAGGGAUUUUUUGGGAGGGGGGAGGGGAGGUUAGAAGCACAUGGCAUGUGUUAAAACAGCUUCUGAAGCUGUUACUGCUGCCAUUUGCAGUGUGUUCAACAAAUGGGUUGUUGAUAUUGUGCUUAGCCUGUGUAUAAACCAUAAUUUUCUGAUGUAGGGAUUGGUACUACAACGUACAAACACUGACGUCUAAGUUUUCAAAAAGAAUGAUAUUUCAGGUGUUGAGUUAUUGAUGGGCACUUAAACAACACUGAGAAUAUUGCUCAGCUUCCAAAAAAAUCCUUAUUCAGAGGUAACAGAAUACACUUACAUUCUUGUGCAGUACUAACAUCCUAGUUGACUACAUUGUGCCAGCACUGCAUCUUGACUGGGGUGAGGGAGAGUGUCAGAUGAAAAGGCUGAGGGGAGAAAGGAGGUGUGGAAUGAGAGGAAGGGUUGGACGGAAGAGUGGCUAACAGCUGAGAUGGAGAGGCAGCAAGCUCACGAGAUAGGAAUGUGAUUUCGGGAAUCUCACUCUGAUGCAGGCAGGGGUUAUUUUGUGCUGUGCACAAUGGUGAUGAGUGGAUUGAAAAAGGAGGAGGUAGAACAGAGGAAGUGGGAGAUGUGAGUGUAGAAUGAGUGCUGUGCGAUCGUGAGGACAGGAGUGGAGGUGGGUUUGGGACAGGAACUAGUGUAGAUUGAGGACAGGAGCAUUGAUAGACAGUGUUGUGAGGAUAAUUCUCAUCAACAGAUGGCUUGAGGUAAAGCAGCCAUUGAAGCUGAGGAUGAUGUGCUCAGCACCACUGGGUGGUCAACUCAGGUCUUGCCCACAGUUUGGGGUGGCCAUUCAAAUAGGUGGACAGCUGAUCAGUUGGCAGGUCCACAUAAAAUAUUAUGCAGUAGAUCUGGUGGGAUAGGACUGAUUCCAGAUGUGUCAUCAGUCAGGCCUUGCACCUAGGUUUUCCAAGGAAGAAUAACCCAUGCUGCCAGGGAUUGGGAGUAGGUGUAAUGUUAGCAUAAACUAGGAUAUUUUGUAGAAUGGGUGGUAAUGGAAUAUCACUUUGGAGGCAGUGGGAACAGUUGUAGGUAGUAUGUUCCCCAGUAUCGGGCACAAUGAUUAGUAAUCGAAUUUGAACAUCUUAACCAUAUUUUUCACCAUGACUUUGACUGCUUAUCAUCAUGCCACUGGUAUCGUAUUCCUAUUUUUGUGCAUGCGCUGCCUCUUGCUCCCGACCAUUAGCCACCCUUCCCUCGAACCCUCUCUUGCCUCCGUUCUCCUCUUGCCUGUCAACCGAGUCAAGCUAUAGUACUAGAACUGAGUAAUUGACCAGGACAAUGUAGGCAUACAGGUAUUAUGUAUUUGUGUGUAUGUAUAUCUGUUAGCUAUGAAGAAGGAUUUUUCCAAAAGCCCAGCAACAUUCUCAGAUGUGUUUAAGUGCCUAUCAACAACUCAAAGCCUCGGCUAUAUGAUGAAUUGUUAUAUUUGCUCCUUCCAUUAUUUAUAUUCCACUAAGGGUUGUCUAUUGCUAUAUGUGUGAAGAGUGGUAAGAAGAUGCAAGCAAUAAAAUAAAAUGUUCUUUAGUUUGUGCAAAAACAAUAUUGUUGGUUUCUGCUUUAGUGGAACAUUUUGGAACUGUUGCCUAGUAUAUCUUGCAACAAGCACAACAUAAUGCUAUGUCUGUGUAAUUUUUCUUGCCCACUCAGUCACACUGUGGACUGUUUCAUUAAAUUUCACAGCUAGAAUUUGAGCGUAUGACUGAAAUAAAGUGCAGUAUCUUACAAAUGCACUAAUAUGAAUUAUAAACAUUAAAUUAUUACUAAAAGGUUGAUAAAUAAAUAUGAUAACAAUUGAAAAUAAAUAUGAAUAUUUCAGUAUUAAAAACGGGGGAGGGGGGGACUUUCUGUUUGUCCUCACUUUGCUAUCUGCCACUGUCUUUACAACUACCAAGAAAGGGAAUUUUGUACCUAGAAGCCUCAGAAUUAACUCUGCAUUUUCCAAAGAAUUCUAAAACAAGCAACAGGAUGGCUUAUAAUAGUGCACACUGUUGCUUGUCAUAGUAUUUCUUAUUGGCAAAAUAUGUGAUGCAAGCACUUUGUGAAAGGCUGUCAUUUGCAUUCUUGCCAUUGUAAUACACUAAUUAAAACAGCUACAUUUCACAUGUGCUCCACAUAAUAUUAGAAAUUGUGAAAUUUAUUUCUUCUACUAAUGUUCAAAAGCUAAGCAAUUUACUAUGUACCUGCCUGCUGCUCAGCAGCUCCAACAUUUGACAUUUGCCAAUUUUUCUUACAUACAUUUUGAUUCUAUCCUGUAUUGCAGACCAAUAUGUAUUUAUAAAUCACAGUUGAUGUAUGGAUGUGUAAAUGAUUUUAUUGUCUUCCUUUUAUAAGAUUAUAGAGGCAUUGAUUAAUUAUUGUUUCUCAUUCAUUUAGUUUUUAAAGGAAAGUGGUCAGCAUCUCAGCUUGCCCAUGAAAAUGCUAGAGUCAAAUGAAAUCAUUCAAAAUUGUACCUAGUUUCUAAGUUUGACUGUUUUCAGAACACUAAGCAGGCAUUGAUAUGUGUGAAUUUGCCACAAAUCACUUGUAUCUCUAUAUUGUAAAAAAAACAGUAUUUUUUAUUGAGGACAACAGUUGUAGAUUUAUCAUGAAAAUUCAUAUUAAGUUGUUCUCAUUUGACAGUGUGCACUUUCAGUUACUGUCUGAUACAGUGAGAUAUAAUUGGCUUAUUUUUUCCAUCAAUGUGCCAUUGACACACAUGCCUGGAAACGUACAACUUCACUGUGCUGUGUUACUUGAAUAAAAUUAUUGUUAUGUUGUUUGUUAGUUUUGUAUUUGUUAAUAGAAUGGCAGAUUUUAUUUUUUUGUUGUUAUUGAUAUUUUUUUAAUAUUUUUUCUUUGGAAAGUCUGACAAAUUACGUGUGUAAUUAAUGUGUACAUAGAAUGUAUUUGCAUUCAUUUCCAAAGUGCAGUCAACAUGCUCUCAAAAAAGUCUUAAUUGAAAAAUCCUUUCAUGUGCACUAUAUAUGUAUAUGUUAUGGACAUAUGCAAAUUUUAUUGAUUGUAACUACUGUAGUGUAAAAUUGUGGAACAUAAGGUAAUUGCAGGGAAGUAAAGCCAUCUUUUGUUUUCCAUGUACCGCCAAACGGGGUGAUUUCGGACACUGGGGCGAAUUCCGACAGUAUAGCUUAUUUGCUCUUUGCCACUGCAUAGAAACAGAGAGUUACUUAUUUUAACGUCCGUGCACCAGUUAUUUUAAGUGCAAGAUUGUAUGUAUUGCUUUCCACAACUUUUAUUUUGCGUCAAUUGUUCCCCUAGAUGAAUAAUUGAUGAACAGUCUCAGUGUUAAAAAUCCAUGCAUUAUUGUGAAGUGGAAACUUUCUGUUGUUGUGCCGACUGAUAAGUUAUUGUUACCUUAAUUGUCGACAUGCUCAGUAGCUAACAGCAUUGAGACAAUUUCUGUGCAAGUUUGUUGAGUUUCUCUUGCAAGGUUAUAAAAUAACGAAGGUUUUUGUAAAACUGUGUACUGUGUGGGGUGAUUUCAGACAAUGCCAAGAACAUAUAAGAGGUGCUGGCAGUAUGGUGUAAUUUUGACCCGGAACUUUUAGAUAAAGCUGUUCGUGAUAUUCAGAGUGGUAAAUUAUCAUACAGAAAAGCAUGUGAUUUGUAUGGUAUACCUAAAUCAACCCUACAAAAUUAAGUGCAGGAGGCACAUCCAAAAAAAUUUGGGAGGACAGCCAGCGCUAAAUAAAGAAGAAAAAGUGUUGAAGCAAGGUAUCUUGAGGGCUACACUUUGGGGAUUUCCCUACACUACAUUGGAUAUUAGAUAUUUAAUUAAAGGCUACCUUGAUAAAUCUGGCCAAAAAGAGAAGAAAUUUCGUAAUAAUUUGCCAGGAGAAGAAUGGGUGCAUUUAUUCCUCAAACGACAUCAGAACAUCUCACUGUUCGCUUAAGCGAAAAUAUUAAAGGAGCUCAUGCAGGAGUGAACAAAGAGACUGUUAAGAUGUUUUUCUCCAAUAUCAAGGCAAAGCUGGAAAAUUUCCCACCUAGCAACAUGAUCAAUGUGUAAAAUGUCACCAGAAUAAAAAAAAGGCAUGUAGAAUUUUUAAAAAAAGGCAGUAAAUGUCCAAAUUUGCCCUCUAUAUACUGUAACUUCAGACAGAGAUUUAAAAAACACGUGUCCGAAAUCACCCCAAUCCAUGGGAUGACUUCGGACACUUUAUUUAACUGCCUCAGAUAAAUACACCUACACAUACACUUUCUGGUUCUGGGAUAUUUUAUUCAUUACACAUAUACCCUGCCACUUCCAUAACAAUCAAUUUAAUCUGACAAUAUAUACGAAAGUUACAAUCAAAAUAACGACAAAACCGUCCGAAAUCACCCCGUUUGACGGUAUAUUAACUGUUUGUUCAUCAGUAAAAAAAAUGAAGACAUUGUUAUUUUCGUAUAGCCAAAUUAAAACAUAUAUUUUUAGAACUUUUUCAAAACCUGUGACUGAAAAAUGAAACUAAUUUUGCAUGAAAUAUAUGAAUAAUGAAAUACAUACUUUUAGCAGUUGGAGUAGUUUAUACCAGAAGCAAUGCAUUGUAGUACCUAAAUCUCAUUCAUUUCAGUGCUACAAAUUUUGUUGUAAAACAGUGGUGUAAUCUCUUGUAUAAAAAAUACCAUUUACACUCUUUCGUUCUUUGUAGAUAACUAUGUAUGUUUUUACAGUCAGUAGAGUUUAUUUUCACCUUUACACCAAAUUUAGUUUGAGAAAAAGAGAAUGAUCUGCAUUAUACACCUUGUUUGUUUUACUGCAGGUGUCUUGUGUUAUUGUUUUGUACCUUUCAGUUCAAUUACAAAUUAUUGUGUGUAAAGUCACUUAUUUAUUAUUAAUGCAGUAUACUAAAAUUAAAUGUAUUUAAAAGUAAUAAUUGCUGGACAGCUUUUAAUACUGUUUAUGUGAACAGCGACAGAAAAUGGCAAAGGGACUGAGAAUCUCUUCCAGUAUGUUAAGCUGGAACUGCACAUGAAGAAAACUGUGUAAAGUUCGCUUGUUAUAUUUUUGUAGUUAGUAUGUAGUUUUGAAGAAUAUUCACACUGCUUUGAGACAUCUAUGCUGAUAAUUCCUCUCUGUCAUUUUUUGAGUCUCACUGGUCUAAGCCAUUUGCUCCUGAUGACACCAUUGAAAUGUAACUUCACAGAUUGUCAGAUGCCUCAUAAGUCAUCUCUCUCCAGUGUCCAGUUGACGACUGUUUGCUGCUUUAAACAAUUUUUGAAUAACUCAAUACAACACCAUUGAAGUUUAUCCUCA